CUUAUUCCUUAGUUUUACACUCAACAUCAACACUAUCGAAUUAUUUUGAUGUUUUGAUACUUAAGCGACUAUUAUUGUCCCGGAAGUUGCCGACCCAAAUUUAUAGCCGGAAGUAGCCCCAGAAAUCAAGCAAGUUUAAAUCAAAAGCUUCCAGUCUUGCCAAUAAUGUUUUAUUUCACGUCUCUUUCUUUUUAAUUGUUUUAUUUUGUAUACGCUCGUCCUUCAAUCGCACGUGACCCCCACCCCACCAUCCGUCUGUCAUGGAGUACUGGAGGCAAUGCGCCGCCUGGCUCAUCGACUGCAAGGUGCUCCCGGUCAACCAUCGCGUGACGGCGGACUCGGCGCAAGUGUUCGACCUGGCGCAGACGCUGCGCGACGGCGUGCUGCUGUGUCAGCUGCUCAACAACAUCAGGCCGCGCAGCAUCGACCUGAAGCACAUCAACCUCAGGCCGCAGAUGUCCCAGUUCCUGUGCUUGAAAAACAUUCGCACCUUCCUGACGUGCUGCUGCGACGUGUUCGCCAUGAAGAAAUGCGACGUGUUCGACGCCUUUGACCUGUUUGACGUCCGCGACUUCGGAAAGGUGAUGGACACUCUCUCCAAACUUUCGUAUACAGCAAUAGCACAGCAGGGAGGAUUCAAGCCUUUCCCCACAGAGGAGAGUCUAAAGGACGAGGACAUUUACAAUCACCUGGAAGACCUGAUUGAUGAGAACGCUUCGGAGAAUGAGGAGGCUUUGUACGCGGCGGUGUACAGCAUGGAAGAAGACUACGCAGGCGGAGAUAUUUACGAAGACCUCAUGAGGACCGAGCAGCAGAAGCAGGCUGAGAUGUCGGAUGUUCGCAGCUGCUGCCUCUCCGAGAUCAAGCAGACGGAGGAGAAGUACACGGAGACGCUGGAAUCCAUCGAGAAGUACUUCCUCAACCCGCUCAAGAAGUUUUUCUCCACGGCCGAAAUCGACCAAGUGUUUGUCAACAUCCCGGACUUGGUGAAGGUUCACAAGAGCCUAAUGGCAGAACUUCAGGACUCCAUCGUCAAUAAGAACGCUUUGAAUCUCUACCAGAUCUUCAUCAAUUACAAGGAGAGACUUCUCAUCUACGGCGUGUACUGCAGCCGCGUGGAGAUCGCCAUCGCCGUGCUGGACCUCAUCUGCAAGGACAAAGAAGAGGUCCGGCUCAAGCUGGAGGAGUGUUCCAAGAGGGCCAACAACGGCAAGUUUACCCUGCGGGACCUGCUGGUGGUCCCCAUGCAGAGGGUCCUCAAGUACCACCUUCUGCUCCAGGAGCUGCUGAAGCACACUCACGACACCGCCGACAAAAGCAACCUGAAGGUGGCGCUGGAUGCCAUGAAAGACCUGGCUCAGUUUGUCAACGAGGUGAAGAGAGACAACGAGACCCUACGCGAGAUGGACCAGUACCAGCGCUCCAUCGAGAACCUGAAUCAGCCUCUAAUCCGUUACGGUCGCCCGAGGGGAGAUGGAGAAGUGCGCAUCGUGUCCAACUUUGACCGCAGGAAACUGGACAGACACCUGUUCCUGUUCGACGUGGCCGCCGUGGUGUGCAAGCGACGUGGCGACAAUUACGAAAUGAAGGACGUGCUCGACCUCAACGUCUUCAAGGUCACCGACAACCCCGUGUCGGACAAAGAGGGCAAGAAGUGGUGUUACGGCUUCUACGUGACGCACCAGCACGGCCACGUCGGCUUUGAGCUCUUCUUCAAGACCAAAGAGCUGAAGAAGAAAUGGCUGGAUCAGUUUGAAAUGGCUGUAUCCAACAUCCGACCGGACUUGGCGAAGCACAACGGUCACCAGUUCAAGAUGCACACCUUUGAAAGGAUCUCCUCGUGCAGCUUCUGUCACCUGCUGCUCAGGGGCAUCUUCAACCAGGGCUACUUGUGUUUCAAAUGUGCGCUGGCUGUCCACAAGGAGUGCUUGGGUCAACUGGGACUCUGCAGGAAGACAGAUUCAUCCAAGCAUCGCUCUAAGGUCACGCUGAUCCCGUCUUCCGUGGGUCCUCAAGAAGCCGCUACCCCUUCUGACCCAGGUCUUCCUAGGAUGCUGGUGAUCCGAGACUACGACGGCGCCCCCUACCCGCCGCGCGGCCCCCCGCUGUGCGCUCGGGCGGGCGACGUGAUCGAGCUGAUGUUCGCCGAGCUGCACAGCUCCUGGUGGCAGGGCAGAAUCCCAGCGAGCGGCAAGAUUGGCUUCUUUCCCAGUGACGCCGUAAGGCCUUACCCCUGCCUACCCAAGCCUGUCGAUUACUCCGCACAACUCUGGUUCGCAGGGCCCAUGGAGAGGUGCCAGGCUGAGGAGGAGCUCCAAGACCGGGGUAACAGCACCUAUUUGGUUCGGCAUCGGAAGAAAGAGUACACAGAGUACGCCAUUAGUAUCAAGUUCAGCGACAGAGUCAAGCACAUUAAGAUUCUGACCAAGGACGGCUGUUUUUACAUCGCCGAGAGUCGACUCUUCAAAACGCUGCUGGACCUGGUGGAGUACUACAAGCAGCACUCUUUAAAAGAAGGCUUCAGCAGCCUCGACACCAAUCUGCGCGUCCCUUACCGGGAAUGCUCCGACAGAAACUCGCCUUGGGGCAUUAGCAAGACUGGCAGCGUGUUCUCUCCGAGGGCGGCGGCCGUGGCCGUUGCUCGCUACGACUUCAGCGGCAGAGAUUCUUGGGAGCUGUCUCUACUGCGGGGAGACGUCGUCAACAUCUACACCAAGACGCCCGACGGAUGGUGGAAGGGGGAGCUGGCGGGCAAGGUGGGUUGGUUUCCUUCCACCUACGUCGAAGAGGUGGACUGACUCACCUGGGUGACGAACUUCCCGUCCACGUGAGCGCGACGCCAUGUCACCCCCCCACACCACAUCACUUUGAUGUCACUGGGAGAAAUCCAACAGGAACGGGCCGCACCCUCUCAAAACCUUCACCCGUCUAACCCCCGGCUGACAGGACUCUGACGGAGAGCACAUGUCAAGUCACAGAUCCGCAUCUGGAACCCCCCCCCCCCCAAACACACUCCUUCUGUCACCCGCCUUCCCCCGACUCACCUUGUCUUAUUAUUGAUGACUCGGCGGGGCCAGUGUGAAAGUUGCCACGGCUGUCGUCAUGUUGCGUUAGCGGGGAAUGCUCGGUCAGCCGGCUGGAAGGCAGGCGCGGGCGCCGACCGCGUGCUAACCGGGCUGAGCCUGGAACUCUCUUGUGCUCACAAGUCAGGUACAUAAAUUGAUUAUUUCGUUGAUUCGGGAAUCAACUUAGUGGUGCGUCUCUUUACUUAUGUUUACAAAAUUGAGGCGGGACUCAAGAUUUGUAUUUUCAUGUUUUGUUU